GACCGCUUCAUGGCGUACAUCUGGCCCCGCCGCUGGGAGUACAGGAGGACCAGCGCGCUGUUCACCGCAGACGGGCUCGCGUUCGACUUGUGGAUGACGCCUGACCCAGCAUUGCCCCCGCUCAUCGUCCGCCCGUACAUGUGCUUGGAAGUUCACGCGGAGCUCAUCUCCCGCAACGACCAG